AUGAAGACUUCGCAGAUCGUGCUCGCCUCGCUCUCCGUUCUCGGAGUGGCGGGCAUCGGAUACGCCGUCUACUUUGACCACCGUCGUCGCAACGACCCAGUCUUCCGCAAGAGUUUGCGCAAGGAAAGCAAAAAGACUUCCAAGGCCGACAAGAAGCAGGCUGCUAGACGCGCACAGCAGGAAGAGGGCUUCAUCCAAGAGCUGCUGCAGGAAGUGCGUACACCAGGCGUCUUCCCCUCGGGUGUCGAGGAGCGCGAACAGUACUUCCUCAAGUAUGUCUCGCUCGGUGAGCAGCUGUUUGCCAUGGGUUCCGAUAAGUACCUCGAUGCUGCCGCUGCCUUUUUCCGAGCGCUCAAGGUGUACCCGCAACCCGUAGAGUUGAUCAUGAUCUACCAGAAGGCCGUGCCCAAGGAGGUGUUUGAUACCAUCAUGCGCAUUGUCAGCAAGGACAUUGCUACCGGAGGCGGUAAUGAGGGUGCAGAGGGCAUGUCAGCUGCGACCCUCGACGAGGUGGAUGACGAUGGUCCGUCUCCCGCCGCUCCAACUGAGGCUGAAGCUGACAAGGAAGACAAGAACAACAAGAACGACACGAACGACACGAACGACGAGGACGACAAGGAAGUUUCUACCUCGGCCUCCACCACCACCUCUUCGCCCGCCAAAGCAGCAGCAGUACCUGCUACCGACAGCGGAACCACCUCGAGCCAGGAAUGGGACACCCUUUCUGCUACCAGCCUCAACGAAACCGGCCUCAUGGCCACCCCCGCCGCUCCUGCCUCCACCUCCGAGCAAAGCGAAACAUCCUCCAAACCCGAAGAGCCCCAGCUGACCAGCGUCGACACUUCCGCCGCUGCCGAGGCCGCCGGCCCUGCGACCUCAUCCCCAUCCAAGCAAAACAUCAGCUCGGGCUGGAGCCCAGCACCCGUGUUUGGAGGCGCUACCAGCCCGCGAACCGACAAGAAGGCUUCGCUUGAGUCCGAGUCUGAAAAGUCGGCCUGA